AUGGGUAAAUAUGAUCCAACCUGCAACAUCAGCCGUGGCUCCACAAAGGCCAAGCUGUUCCAAGAGUGCAAGCUCAUUAUCUGGGAUGAGGCAACCAUGCGCCACAAAGGCGCCUUUGAAGCACUCGCCAAGACCCUACAAGACCUUCGGCACAACACAAACGUCAUGGGAGGUUUGACUGAGCUGCUCUCAGGCGACUUUCGCCAAACCUUGCCAGUCAUCGCCAAAGGAACAACAGCAGAUGCUGUCAAUGCCUGCAUCAAGUCGUCCUACCUCUGCAGCAAGGUGAACCGCCACAGCCUGAAGACCAACAUGCUCAGCGGUAAUGAAGAAGCUGGCCGAUUCUCUCAGCAACUGCUGGAGGUCGGCAAUGGCAGACUCACCACCACAGCUGAUGGCCAAGUCAAGCUGCAAUUCGGCAAAGCAGCGGCGGACAUCACCCAGCUGAUGACCAAAGUCUUCCCCAACCUCCACCUUCGCUACCAACACCAAGACUGGCUGAGCGAGCGAGCCAUCCUUGCUCCCAAGAAUUUAGCCGUGGAUGACAUAAACGCCAAGCUGCUGGAGCAACUGCCUGGCGACCCAACGAGCUGCAAGUCGAUGGACACAGUUCCUGAUCCUGACCAAGUGGUGCACUAUCCGACCGAGUUUCUCAACAGCCUGACGCCCUCAGGUCUGCCACCACACAACUUGGUGCUCAAUGUCGGCGCACCCAUAUUGCUAAUGCAACCUGGAUGCUCCCAAGCUCUGCAAUGGCACAAGGCUCACAGCAUCACCGGGUAG